AUGUGUCCAAAUUGUUCAGAGCUUUGCAAGUCAAAGUGGGAGAAAUCCAAAAGGUUUCCAGCAGGAGACUACGAGUAUGUUGAUAUGAAUGUCCAAGGAACUCGCUACAUUGUGGAGGCCUUCCUAGUCGGAGACUUUGAGACCGCCCGUCCGACCGAUCAUUAUGCCUCUUUGCUUGAGAUUUUCCCACGGAUAUUUGUUUGGAAAGUAGCAGAGCUCAAGCAGAUUGUGAGGCUAGUGAGCACUGCAAUUAAGCAAUCAAUGAAGAGCAGGGAAAUGCCCAUGCCACCAUGGAGAAGAAACGCCUAUAUGAAGACAAAAUGGUUUGGUCCCUACAGAAGGACCACUAAUUCACUUCCAUCCAAAAAGGCGUCUAAACUCAAUGAAGCUUUUGAUGCAAAGAGUUCUGUGGGGUUUGAGACUUUGCCCAUAAUGCCAUAA